AUGGCCAGGUAUUCACCAGAGGUCACUUACGUGCAAGGAGUGCACCAAAACACAGCGGACGCCCUGUCUCGUGCACCCACAAGCAGUCCCACUCCCCAGGACUUAAAACAAAUCGAGGAAUUAGAAGAACACAGCGAAUUAGUCCUAGAGUCCCUACCUGCAACGGAACGGCGCCUCAAAGACAUCCAGGAAGCCCAGGACUGCGACGCCAUGUGCAAGCAGGUGAAGACCUACUGCUUAGAGGGAUGGCCUCCCAUUAUGCCAUCCCUACCACUCCUAAAGCCAUACUGGGAGAACAAGCAACACUUGACGGUCAACCGAGGAAUCCUGAUGUAUGACCACAGGCUAGUUAUCCCCUCAAGCAUGCAGCUAGAGAUGCUGGAGACCAUUCAUGAAGGCCAUCUUGGCAUUACCAAGUGCCUAGGGCGCGUGAGCUCCUCGGUGUGGUGGCCGCUCAUAACCAAGCAGAUAGAAGCAAUGGUCAACAGAUGCCAAACUUGCGCCAAACUUAGACCAGAGCGAAGAGAACCCCUUAUGGCGCUGUCUUUCCCAAACCUACCAUAG